UCAACGGUAGGGAAGCUUGACUGCAGAAAUGAAGAAAAUAAUGCCUUACUAGAGAGAAGAGAAACUUCCUUGAGAAUUUCAAGGAAGUUGGAUGAAGGCUAGAGAGAAGAGUACUCAGUAGCGACGGGAAAGAAGUUCUGCUGGCAGAAGACUUCACAGAAAAGAAAGGCGAUGGCCGACUUUUGGUACGACGUCAUCAGGCCAAUCUAUGGAUUGCUGCACCAUAUCCGACUCGACGUUCAGGAGCACAAGCAGCUGGUUCGUGGAUUCAAGCACCCGAAAGGACUCGACCCCAACAGAGAUCCUGUCAUGGUGACGGUCACUGCAUUGCUGGAUACUGGCACGGAAGGGGGCAUGAGACUGAUUGAUGUGCUUUCCAGGAGUCCGCAGCGUUGCAACCAAUGUAUUGCUGAUUACCUCCAGAAGACAUGGGAUCUCCGUGUCCGGGCAGGUCCGGAAGCAGUCACAAAAGAUCCAUGGUGCACUUUGUUCGCCGGCGUCAAGCAUGAGAUUGCAGAGUUGCUGUCAACAGUUAGGCCAACUGUACUGCAAGGCGUCCUCAUUGAAGCCCUAGACCGCUACUCCUGUAUUUCCAGUGAGGCGUACUCAGGAUGUGCUGCAUCUCUACUGACCCAUGGUGAAGAUAAGGAGGCUGUCAAGAAGAGUUUAGAAGAAGUCAUGGAUAACAUGCUGGACAAUGGCACUGUUGCCAGUAUUUUUGGACUCUUAGCGCUGGUGCUUGGCCCAGCGGUUGUCCAACAUCUUCCACUUGGAUUUUACCAAAGAUUAUUCUCCAAACUCGGAUUCUAUGGUGUGGAUCUCAGAGCAGUUUUCAGAAAUAGAUAUAAUCAAGUGUGGCCAGUACAGGUUGGUGCGCCUGUUCAGUUCUUUUCGGAAGUUCUAAUUCAACCAGCAACCCAGCCGUUGGCCAAUCUUCCAUCAGGACAUGCAUCUGCCAUUGCUCCAUCUAGAGCUGUAUCCACACCAGGCACUGGAGUACCGUUAGCAUCUGCAUCUGAAAUGAGCUCAUCCGCAAGAGCAACAUCAAGACCUCCGUCUCAACCGGUCCCUGCUGAUUCUCAAGUCGCACUUGCUGCAUCAAUUGGACCAAGUCCAGCAGUUAAUCUCGACGCAGUACCGAAAGUCAAUCUCUGCAGCACAGAUGGAGAAUCGGAGAAGGAGACCAGACCGGAGCGGUCAACGUCAACACCACCGCCUACUGCAACAGUCUCCACUAAGCGGAGGAAACGACGAAAGGCAAAGGCAAUCAAGCUGAGAGCUACCCCACCAGAGUGCUUGCAAGGCGUGAACACUGAAGCUUAUCAGAAAGCUCUCCAGAAUGGAAAGUUUGCUAUCCCGCAUGGUCGAUUGCUGGUGUGUGGAAAAGGCAGAACAGGCAAGACUUGUCUAGCCAUGUCCUUGCUGAAUAUGCUGUUCAAAGUGGUGGUGGACAGCACGCUUGGCGUUGAGCUCAAGAAAGCUGUCUGCACCGUUGAGCAAGAUGGCGAUCACUACGCAUGGCAUAUCGAGAAGGAUGAAUUUCACUUCUUCUGUCUGCUGGCUCAGAAGCUGAUUGGUGACUACAUCAGAGAUCCCAACACGAAUUCCGACCUCAGUCCACAAAGAAACGAGGCCACCAAGUCUGCUGUUACAUCCACUGAAGAUGAUCCUGCUGGUAGUGCGACAGUGGAUACUCUACCGGCAGUUUCAAGUACAAGUUCUUCUGCUACCGAAGACUUGGAAAAACCAGUGACACCAGAGCAUGACAAAGACUCCGAUGGCAAGUCACCUGCAACCAUUGUGGUCGAAAAAUGCAGGUCGGACCAGAAAACAUCUUCAACGGACACAUCGCCUACUGAUGGGGCCCAUCGCAUGGAAACACACACAACGUCACUAAAAGAUGGAGAUAGCGGGACUGAGGAACGCAGUCGGAAUUCCUCUGAGAGCACAGUACAUGGACUACCCGCCGAUGCAGACAUCCACUACUACUCCAACCAGUUCCUGUCAUCCAUCAGCACUGGAUUUGAGGAGAAAUUUGCUGAACUGGUGAAGAAGUUUGCGUUCCUGGAAAUCUGGGAUUUCGCUGGACAAGAACUGUUCGCAGCAGUUCAGCAUGUUCUGUUCUCAGCUCUGCGCUGCGCCUAUUUGGUAGUGUUUGACGCAUCUGAACCUCUGCAGGACCCACACGUACCCACCAUGGGUCAGGACGGUAGGGAGAUUCACAUUCCAGGCACCGCUGGCGCUACCAACUUCGACAUCUUGGAGUCCUGGCUCAAUGUCAUUUCACAGGUCAUUGGUACGCAAAGCAAAGCUUCUGCUCCUCUCUUCAUCAUCGGAACAAAGAUCGACAAGAUUCCAGCUGAGCAACGAGGUGAAAAGCUCGAAGAAAUCAAACAUUACAUCAGGAGUAAUGCAAGAGGAAAGUUCUAUGAGAACUGCAUCGAUGCUAUUCUGUUCGUAGAUAACACUCUGUCUGGCAGCGGGGAGCAAGAUAAGAGUGUUGUGCAGCUGCGACGACGUAUCAUUGAGUCGCUCACUAAGCAGUUUGUAUAUCCAACACCACUCAUUUGGCUACCAGCGUCGUUUGUACUCAGGGAGCGUGCCAAGGCCGAGAAAGUCUCAUGGCUCUCUCUACACGAUGUGGAAAUUGUUGUUCGGAAAGCUUGUGAGAAGUCACCCCAGCCUGUGAACAUCAAGGAUAUGCUGGCAUUCUACCAUGAUCUCGGUCAUCUGAGGCACUAUGCCAGGAACACAAAGCUGGCAGAUACGGUGUUCACCGAUGUGCACUGGUUGACCAAUGUCACCAGUUUGCUCUUCUGCCCGCAGCCCAAGGAGGACCAGGAAAAGCUUUUCCGUGAGCAGUAUGAUUUGCUGGCAGAGCGUGGCAUUCUGACAGAGAGCCUUGCCAAACUGCUGUGGAAACAACAUGGUGAAGUUGAACAGACACAGCGCUACACAGAGAGCCAAGAGGACCGUGAUGUGUUGUUCAACGUGAUGCAGGAGUUCUCACUGCUGUACGACACCAAACAAAUAAUGGCCAUAGAGAGCACCGGUGAGCAAACACGCAAGUUCUUCGUACCCUCAAUGGUCACCCUCAUGUUGGAGAAGCCGAUUGAACUGCAGGAAGCGCAGAAGUCGCCACCAAUCUUCCUGUGCUGCGAAGAGCGCCAGUUCUUCCCAGGCACACUUUUCUGGUGCCUGUUGGUUCGUUGCUUGGCUCAUUAUUGCCCGUCAGAGGACCCGGUUCUGUACCACAAUGCUGCACAGAUCCUAUGCUAUGACAACUUCCAUGUUAUCUUCCAACACUUCCAGCGUGGAAUCCGUGUUACUGUUGAGCAACAAGGUGACGCAGCAGCCAUGGUUGGAUGCGAUGAUGAGGAUGAUGGCUACCCCAGAAGCAUACCAGAAAUGUGUGACGAGCUUCUUCCUUUCCUGGAGGAGGAACUCCAGGAUCUGAAGGCAAAUGGUUUGGAAAAUUUGAAGAUCCUAAAGGCGGUCAUCUGCCGCUGUUCGUUGAACAAGAAGUCAUGCAAGCGCCAUGACCAACCCAACUGCCACGAGCUGGAGUGCGUACACUUCAUCCCACUCAUCGACAAGAAAAAGCCGCGGUGUCCUAGGAGUCAGGUUGCCCAGGAUGAAUCGGCUCUAGCAGAUUUCUGGCCUAUACCAAUGACCAAGAAGUCGGCAAAUACCAGGACAGUAACUCAUACAACCAGCUUGCUUCUGGAUGAACCUACAAUGCCUGGUCCUAGUUGUAUUGCUGCACUUCCGCAACAAGCCCCUGAGGCCAGUGUGUGUACGGCAGAGGACUACAGGCGAGCACUGCGAAAGCACUAUGCAGUUGUUCAGAGCAGUCUGAAAGUGGACAUCAUUGGUUUCGCUAAAAGGCUUUACUCCGAAGACCACAUUACCAAAGAGUGUAUCAAGGAAGUACGAGCCAUGCUGAAGGCAGAUCGACAGGUGGAGGCUGCUGACCAUAUGUACGUUGCCCUAGAGGACCUCACCGAUGCAGGCCUAUGCUUCUUUGUCGAAGAUGUCCUGGAAUCGCAAGGCUUGUCGGAGCUAGUGAAGACAUUCAGGUCAUGUCCUGGCCCUCGCAAAUGUUCCCUGAACCCUGAAAGUCUCCACCAUGGAACUACUAGCGUCAAGUCCGCACCACGAGUGGUUCAACUUCGCCUCACGGCCACUGACGCCAGUACUGGCAUGCAUGGUGCAGAGGUUGCAGCAGUGCCAGCUGUUGUCUCUGACAAUGGUGAGGUUCGCAGCAGCAGCAGCAGCGACAAGUGUGAGGCUGUGCAGAUGACUCAUUUGCACCAGAUAAUUCUCCAACAGCGUCACCUAGAUCUGAAGAGCAGCCUGAAUGUGGAAGACCACAUCCUUGACUACAUGUAUGAGAAGGAAUUCAUAUCGAAAGACCUCAAGUGCAAGAUUGCAGAGAAAUCCAGUCAGAAAGAUCAGGCUGAUUGCUUCCUCACUGCCCUUCCUGGUUUGGGCUCAGCGGCAUUCGAUCACUUCAUUAUUGCUCUGGACGGAAGUGAGACGCUAGUUCACCGUGAUCUUGCGCAGAUGCUGAGAAAGAAAGUUGAAGAGAAGACUUCAGAAUAGGCCUUGAGUGGUUCUGCACUAGCGGUGGGUUUUGUUGGUGUUCAUACCAGCCUAUAGGCUAUAGCUAUCAUCACUGUAGCUAUGGGAGCAUCCCUACUUGCCGACAAGGACCACUCUGUUCUGCGGAGGAUUUCAGUACCGCAAACAAGUUAGAUUCGGUUGAGGCCUGUGCAUCCUCUUGUUUCUGCUCACAAUAUCCAGCUUGAGAAUGCUAGAUUUAGAUAAUGUUUUCUUGAAGCCUGUAAUAAGUAGAAUGCACUACUGUUCAGGAUCUGAUUGCUACGAUCGUACUACAGAUUGUGUCUACUGCAUGUAGCUACUCGACGCCAUUUUGCAAUAAAUUAUGCAAAGCCAGCACGCACUUCAUGUCGUGUUGUUAUUUGGAGUGAUGAGUAUUGAGUAAAGACAAGUAUACGUGCGAAUAUUCCUUUUUAAAUUUGCAUUUUGUAUCCAUUGAUUGAUUUUUACAAUUGAUUUUGGUUUUUUGGUUUUGGAUUGAUUUACUUUUAUUUCAUUUUCAUUUUCAUUUUUUUUAUUUUAAAACUUGCCAUAUUUUGCGUGUGCAUUUUUUGCCUUCUUGUUCUUUUUAUUCCAUGGCUGGUAGCCCUCAUUCAUUAUAUUGGUUGACACCAUGACUGUCAUCCAUGAAUUGAGAAUACUAAUACUAAUAAUAAUAAUAAUAAAUAUCAACUGUGUUACCACAGAGCUUUGGUAUGAGUUCACAUUAAUCGCUUUUCUCAGAGGCUCUGCUGUAAGCAUGCACUUCAUUAAACAUAGCCUCACAGUUGCUGUUUCCACACACAUGCACACACAACACAACCACGCUUCAUAGGCUGAGGCACAUGAUAAGCAUUCUUCAGAAUUUAAAUUUAUUUGAAGCCGUGCUGAAGAAUGCAGGGUAAUCCAAUCUUGCCUGGCUCUUUCCUAUUUCUUAUUUGAAUGUUCUGCGAUAGUCUUAUUCGGGAGAAUCCCAACUAAGUGUUACUUGCUCCUUCUUCGGCACACCAGA